AUGAAAAUUGCUAUCAAAUUACUUAUUAUAGAAAACGCGCUAUUUUUGCCUUUGGUGUCAGAAUUUUUAAAUGCUAUUCAGUGUGACCAGCAGGUUGGCUCAAAAUUGACAGAAACUUUUGUAGAAAAGAUUGCAACACUUUUUACUGAAAAGAUAAUCGUGCAUUAUGAGCAACCUCUCUCUAUUAUUUGCUUAACUUUUUAUUCACCUUUACCAAUUUAUUUCAGGCCUUAUUGGGAUUUUAUGAAUACUUUAUCAAUUUAA